AUGACGGACAAAACCCUUGAGGAUUCACUCCUUCGCCCAGUACAAGAAGAAGGACAGCAGAAAACGCCGGCCACACUUGAAAUGCUGGCAGACCUUCUGCACAAGAACCCUGAUCUUUUACCCCUGCUACAGACACAAGGACGUGGAAAUGCGAUAAGUAGAAGGCUACAACCCAUCACCAGUGCCUUAGCAGCAGUGGCCUGUGGGAGCUACUCUUGGAUCAGGUUUUUGGUGGUGUUCCUGUUAACAGCCCUUUUUAACGUUGUUAACCUGAAGCCAGAAAUACCGAAAGAAAGCCGUGUGGUGUUGGACAAGAUUGAGAGCGAUCUUGGGGACUUAAAGAGGAAACACGAGAAGGUGCUUCAUGACAAGACAAGAAUGGAAGAAAAGGUAUUGCCGCAAUUUGCUUUUUUGUUUAUUUUUUUCACAAAUAAACUUAAAGGCCAGAUCAAAAAUAUUAGGUGAAAUAUAUUUAAUUAAGAUAUACCAUAAUCGUGCUUUGAAGGUCUGGCAGAAUAAAGUACUGCUUUAGUACCAUUAAAUGAACGUGCAUCCAGAAUUGUGAAAGAUAGAAUUUACUCUCUUGUUAGGCAGUCAUUGGUUUGAGUCCAAGCAGUCCUAGCUCAUGUAAAUUUUAUUAUAUCCAUUUUGAAGUCACUGGUGAUCGCUGCCACAGUCACACUAUUUUUUCUCUAGAUCGCAUCUGUUCUAAAUCAGGUCAUUCAGGAUCUAAAUCGCAUCAUUUCUAUUUUAAAUUGCACCACUUUCGCUCUAUAUUGCAUCAUUUCUGAUCAAUUCUGUUUCGUGUACGUACGAAGCGAGGUGUAUUAUACAACACUCCAACGACUCCAAAGGCCCCCCAUGGAUGAGAAUAAACCGUAUUUCGACUAUAACCCCAACAACGAUCGGUGCCUGCCCUCCUUUCAUAGAAUAUCCCAACAUUUUCUGAAAUUUAGCCAAGUUUUGAAAGGUCAGCAUGAAGUAAGGGCUAACUUCACAAACUUCGUAACGAAACGAUUUCACAUACUGUGCGAGCGUGUGUAAAAAAUGACUCCAGUCUCCUGUGUAAGGGUCACACUGGGUAUUCCAAUAAAACACAAAUAAUGGGAAAUAUACUAAACACACCGUAUGGACGAUGAGAAGUGAGAAAAGGCCUCUCUUCCUCUUUUCCUCCUUCCCAUCGUUCCCCGAGCGCUUUUAAGUUUUUUCCUCUCCCCAGCCCCCCAAUGACACAAUAGGGAGUUUAAGCAGCGAUGUUUUUGAGCGUCGCGCGUCAACGGGAACCGAGCCUUUUUCUCCUUUUAUGUCUUGAUGCUAUCAGAUUUGUAUUGCUAAGUGCCUUUACCCUUAUAGAGACGAUUUGCCCAAAAAUUUGUUCAAAAUCACUGCUCAAGAGUGCAAAAAACUCCACUACCGGUUGACGUGCGUCGCUCAAAAUCGUCGCUGCUUAAUCUCCCUAAUGAGGCUCCUCCCCUGAGGAGGAGACAGUGCCCCCCUUUUUGUCUGAUUUGCAAUGAACUAAGGGGAUAAACUACGCAUGCUCAAUUAGCCACUAGUUUCCCCUUUUGUGUCAAAGGUAGUUAUUAGCAAUAAUUUUGACCACCCACUGUUUAUUUAUUUGAAAAUUAUUUAGAUCCAAACAGCUGCUGAAAGUUACUACAGGAUCUCCCGAAACGAUAACCUCGAACUGGAAAUGGGACUCGUCAGUUCCACAUGUGUUCUGGGCACAUGCCAAGAUGCUUUGAAGCAUUUAGAAACUGAGAUCUCUGACCUGCAGCGUGGAACAAAACUAACCCCUACUCAUAUUCUUAAACAAGUGAUCAUUAUCAUGGGGUUAGUCAUCGCAGCUGUUUUAACUGUUGGCUGUAAGUUCAAUAUGUUCUCUUGUAUAUGGUUUAAGACUUGGGACAUUUGAACCCUUCACACGCUUUAAAGGUACGGGUUAAGAUGCCAAAGGAUAAGGUUUUUUAUCAUUUAUUCAAAAGAUUUCUCCGUUUUUUAUUGACUCAGAUUUCCGUUUAAUUCUUUAUAACCGCUUGCGUGACCAAAUUUGGAAGACGAUUGCAAUAUCCAGUAAAGUGACGUCAAUAGUCUAGGAUAACGUCAGAAAAAGGCGCGGUUUGCAAAAAGACCUCGGAACAAGGUUGCGUUAAAUCGGUUAUUUUGGUAAAGCUGGAGAACAUGGCGGAAGAUCUUACACUUUUUGUGAAGAGGGAAUAGCCGAACUACUUCCUGAAAAACAUAGCAAACAGAAAAACGACAACUCGGCGGAUUUCAACUGCCAUUUAACAAUUAUUCCUCGAGCCCGAAUGGGUUCUGAGUCAAUAGCCCAUGAGGCCGAAGGCCGAAUGGACUAUUGACUCAAAGGCCAUGAGGGCGAGAGGAAUCAUUUUUUUUAGUAAAAUCCAACUAGUUGGACAAAAAUAUUGAGACAAAACAACUUUAGCUAGUAAAAGCUAGGCUUUAAUCCUUUUUUGCCGCCAAAAAGCCGGUCCUUUUCGCUACUAGUGGGCUAUAACAUAUAGCCUAGUAGUAGCCCAACCAAUCAGAAAGCAGCAUUGAUAACAGACCACUAGUUGGACAGUUUUACUAAUGAAGAAUAGGCCGGUAUCCUCUAGUCUAGACGGGCUUGGUGUGGAAUCUUGUGUGGUUUUUUUAAAGUUGGAAGAGAAAGCUCUUCCUAAAUGUUGACCCAAAUCAAAACAGUACCUGCCACAUGGAGUAGGUUCAUUGAGGGUUCUCCCGCCCCCAGAUAGCGAACUUGAAUUCGCUCUCGUCAACCGUACCAAGGCAAAGAAAAUCGGAGUCUUAUUAUAUUUUAUUACCUAUCGCAACCCUCAUUUGUUGUAUGCCUGAAAUUAUCAGAAAACCUUUAGGUUGAAGACAAACACCUUCUCUUCUAGCACAAAGCGAUAACUGUAACUCCAACUGCAAAGAAAAAUCACAUUUUUUUGGACCGCCCAGAGAGCUUCUCGUUUAUAGUCUGAUAAAGUUCCCUCUCACUGAUUCUAGCUCACUUGAGAAUCUGCUUAAUGAUCGUUGCUGGAAUACUAUUCGCUGGCAAGAGGAAUGCCCAGACUUACUUGAACAACCAGCUGUUGUUGGCCAAAUGCGAAGAUUUACGUAAGAACGACCUGCGGAAAGCUGAGCAGUUGCAUAAAGAGCUGAUACGAGAUGUGGAGUAUAAGCUACCCUCCCUGAAAAAACAUCUGGCUGUUUUGGAUAUUGAGGUGUCGCUGUAUACUUCCUUGCACUCCCAUUCUGACUGAUGGAGUAUUCUUUAUCCUGGAAAUAAAACGCUAAGACGAUCAGUAGCUUUAGGACGUUUGUCAUGGGCAAAUUACAAUUUAUGACGGCGAAUAGUUUUUGUAAUCGUACUUAGCUUCUAAGCAGGAGGAAUAUUCCUUGUACACAAAAACAAUUAAUGAUGCUUUUAAUUAACUUUGGUCAACGUGGAUUUCUAGUAGUUUCUUAAAUAGGUGUCUGAAUGACACAAAAUGAAGAUAGGUAAAAUGGACCAAUAUGGUAGGUCUUGGUAGAUUCGUAUCGAAUAUAUCGUUAAGUUUCAUUGCUUACCAAAUCUAUACAAAGUCUCAGCUUAUAUAGUUCAAGCCUGCGAUUAUAAAAGUAGUGAGUUCCAUUGGAAUCUCUGGACAGAGUGAAAGAGUUGAACCCUGAGUUGGUGUCAGUAAGGUUCCAUUAGUACUGAAAAAGAAAGCACAUCUACAAAAUUAGCACGAUUUUAUCAGGCUAGUUACUUGCUAUUGCUUACUAUAGAUCCCCUUCCAUACUCGCUUCUCCCCAGUUCUUGCAGUCCUAGAAUAGGGAGCUUUAGCAACGACGACGGUGAGAACAUCACUCUUAAAAUUAAUUCGCGUUUUUCAAAC